UAUCCUCAAAGUUUUCAUCACCUGAAAAACUCGAUUUUCUUUCGUGAGACGUCGUCACUUUCAAUCGAAGGUUUCUUGCUUGGAGAGCUCGGAAUUAUCGCCGGAGAGCUUAGCUUGUCUCUCCGAAAUUCUCUAAUCGGAGGAGAUCGCCGGAUCGGAAGUUCGUCAUCUAUAGUAUGAUUCGUAGUGUGUGAUUUGAUUUAUCCUCUUUUUCUACGUUUUCGUGAUUUGAUCUUUUCAUUCCUUGGAUUUGAUCUUUUCAUUCCUUGGAUUUGUUUUGGUAAUGUGUCCCUCUCUCUAAGUGUGUGGUUGAUUUUUCUCAUACACUUUAGUUUUGAUCGAUUGGGUUCCGUAUAGUUUUCGAAAAGACUUGGAAGAUUUCAGAAGAAGCCGUAGCUUAGACUGAAGAAUUUGGUUUGGGCAUGUCGCAAAUUCUGAAUUCAACUGCAAAUAGAUUAUGUUCUCUGUUGUACGGGGAGCAAGUAGAAUCAUAGGCCUCUUAUAAUCCAUCCAGCAGAUUUAGUUUGGUGCUUCAUAGAAGAUGUUAAUCCAGACUUCCAUAGACAGAAUACAUCUGACACUUCUUUGAAUUUGAACCAUACCCAUGACCAUGAGGCAGUGUUUGUGCUGGGUCUUCUUGGGGAAUACUUGGUAUCGUUGGAAGGCAUAUCGGCGCUGUUUCAGGAGUAAAAAGCUAGAUUUAAGGUGAGUCUCAGAGCCUGGUUUUAGUUCUUCUGGUUUAGCGAUGAAAGGAUCCAGAGCUCAGUGAGAAACAUCUUUCUUCGUGUUGAUCUAGUGUAAUAGCCAUCUCCUUUUUCAGCUUAGUUGUUACCCUUCAUGGAUAUUUUUCUUCGUUAACCCAGACCUGUGAAAACUUCAUUCUACCUAAGUAUUUCCCUUGAUCAUGCACUCUUCAAUUAUCUGUUUAUUAUAUCUGAUUUGGCCAUGAGUGCUCGUUGUUUUGUCAUCUCAUCUAAGGUGGAUGAACAGAGGUUCCUCGUAGUUAUACUUGAAGAAGGUGGCCUGGUUGCUCACUUUGUUGGUAGCCUGUCUAUCUCAGCUAUAUAAUUGAGUUUCCUAGGAGCAUAUCACCUGGUUGUUCAUGACGAGCUUUCUGCUCCCUCGAGAAUCCGGAGGUUGUGAACUUAGUAGUAGAACUUUCCCGUAGCUUUUUAAUUCCUUUGGUUACUGGAUACACUUUAGCUCAAGAGAAAAGAAGCCAGCUUUAAAGAUGGAGUUGUAUAAACUAAGAGUACUCUUCAGGUUUCUGUUUCCUUUAAGAAUUUUCUGAUUCGUAUGUUGACUGAAGAAAAUUGGUGCAAAGUGGCAGUCGGAGGUUGGGCAUAUCCGGUUUAAACUGGAUAGAUUUCCCCAGAUUUCAAGGACUGAAGUGAGCAUUCAGUGUGCUAGGCUUUUGUUUGUCUAUGAAGGAUCCAUCAACCAAGAGAGCUGUGUUUAGUUGUUUAACAGGAUAUUUGUAAUUUUUUUUUUUUAAUUCAUUCCUCUUGGAGAAAGCUGAUUGGCGCCGUUUCGAAGCUGGAUUGUCUUGGUGCUGAUUGGAUUGGUCUGGUGCAAUGUAGAUGGAAGCAACAGUUCAUCGAGUUUUUUUCCUGAUUUUCAGGUGACAGAGUUCUGGAAAUGAUGAACAUAUAUUCUAAAAUCUUUUCCUACUUGCAGGUCUCAUAAGCUUUUCCAUCAGCUGGCAUUGUCUGCCAAUAUCACUCACAGAUAAUUCGUAAUGGGGCACAUACAUUUCAACCAUAUAGUUCAGCAAGCCCAGAAGACUGAUCGAGAGGACAGUGAGAUGUCAAGAAAUUUGUCCCCUCGUUCAUCCAGUGAGGAUUCUGAGUUGUCAGUUCUCGAAUUGGAGGCAGCGGAGUCAUUAUUAAAAGAAGUCCGUAACAGAGGACUAAUGGAGUUUGGAUGUCCACAUUACAGAAGAAGGUGUUGCAUUAGAGCUCCUUGCUGUAAUGAGAUAUUUGGUUGCCAUCACUGUCAUAAUGAGGCGAAGAACAGCAUAAAUGUAGAUCAGAAACAGAGGCAUGAUAUUCCUCGCCAGAAAGUUGAACUGGUUAUUUGCUUACUCUGUGGCACUGAACAAGAGGUUCGUCAAACUUGUAUUAACUGCGGAGUGUGCAUGGGGAAGUACUUCUGUGAAGUUUGCAAGCUCUAUGAUGAUGAUACAUCUAAAAAACAGUAUCACUGCGACGGGUGUGGAAUUUGCAGAAUCGGUGGACGUGAGAAUUUCUUUCACUGUUACAAGUGUGGCUGUUGUUAUUCAAUCCUCCUCAAGAACAGUCACCCUUGUGUUGAAGGAGCAAUGCAUCACGAUUGCCCCAUUUGUUUCGAGUUCCUGUUUGAAUCACGUAACGAUGUGACGGUUUUGCCAUGUGGACACACAAUCCAUCAGAAGUGCUUGGAGGAAAUGAGAGAACAUUACCAAUACGCGUGCCCACUUUGCUCAAAAUCUGUAUGCGACAUGUCUAAGGUGUGGGAGAAAUUCGACAUGGAGAUUGCUGCUACACCAAUGCCAGAACCAUACCAGAACAGAAUGGUUCGAAUUCUCUGCAACGACUGUGGGAAAAAAUCGGAGGUACAGUACCAUGUGGUGGCUCAGAAAUGCCCAAACUGCAAAUCGUACAACACUCGCCAAACCCGAAGCUGAAGCUGUCUUUUGUAUACUUGGCGUUUCCAAGUUUGUUUGCUAUCAAAUGCAUUUAAGAGCAAUUCACUUGAGCCAAUUACGUGUGUUGGCUCCUUAACCUCUCGAGUCUAUCUCUUCACUCUCUCCGUCUGGUCUCUUGUAAGUUGCUUUCCUUAGGAAAUGUUUCCUUUUGUCCGACUCUGAGCUAUUAAUCAUAAUAGUUUCUUUCAAUCCGGAA